UUGAUUUUCCGCCUUCAACCUCGCUCUUUGUCUGUCUGUCUGUUGUUCUCUCACCUUUGAAUUUCACCAGAAAGAAAGGACACAAUGGCCGCCAUCAACGGUAACACCACGAUCCUCGACCACACCACGGCCGUGGACGUCCUGGCCGAGUACAAGUCCCGCGAUGGCCUCGACCGACAAGAGCUCAUGGACACGACCAAGCACGGUGGUCUGACCUACAACGACUUCCUCAUCCUCCCCGGCUACAUUGGCUUCCCUGCCUCCGAGGUCACCCUCGAUGCCCCCAUCACCAAGCGCAUCACGCUCAAGACGCCCUUUGUGUCCUCCCCCAUGGACACCGUCACCGAGCACGAGAUGGCCAUCCACAUGGCCCUUCAGGGUGGCCUGGGUGUCAUCCACCACAACUGCUCUCCCGCCGCCCAGGCUGACAUGGUCCGCAAGGUGAAGCGUUUUGAGAACGGCUUCAUCCUCGACCCCGUUGUCAUCACGCGCGACACCACCGUCGGCGAGGCCAAGGCCCUCAAGGAGAAAUGGGGCUUUGGAGGCUUCCCCGUUACUGAGGACGGAAAGAUCGGCUCCAAGCUCCUUGGUAUCGUUACCAACCGAGACAUCCAGUUCGAGGAUGACUACAGCGCGCCUGUUUCCAAGGUCAUGGUCACCGACCUCAUCACUGCCCCCGCCGGUGUUACCCUGACCGAGGCGAACAAGAUCCUGUCCCAGUCCAAGAAGGGCAAGCUGCCCAUUGUGGACAAGGACUUCAACCUGGUGGCCAUGAUCUCCCGCUCCGACUUGACCAAGAACCAGCACUUCCCCCUGGCCUCCAAGCUUCCCGACAGCAAGCAGCUGAUCUGCGCCGCUGCCAUUGGCACUCGCCCAGAGGAUAAGAUUCGUCUUCAGCUGCUCGUCGACGCUGGUCUUGACAUUGUCAUCCUCGACAGCUCCCAGGGUAACAGCAUGUACCAGGUUGAUAUGAUCAAGUGGAUCAAGAAGGAGUUCCCCAAUCUGGAUGUCAUUGGCGGCAACGUCGUCACCCGAGAGCAGGCCGCGACUCUCAUCGCCGCUGGCGUUGACGGUCUCCGAAUUGGUAUGGGAAGCGGCUCAGCCUGCAUUACCCAGGAGGUCAUGGCCGUUGGCCGUCCUCAGGCUGCCGCCGUCCACGCUGUCAGUACCUUUGCCGCCCGCUUUGGCGUUCCCUGCAUUGCCGACGGUGGUGUUCAGAACGUUGGCCACAUUGCCAAGGGCCUUGCUCUCGGUGCUUCCACCAUCAUGAUGGGUGGUCUCCUGGCCGGCACAACCGAGUCUCCCGGCACUUCUUUCGUUUCCCGCGAAGGAAAGCUGGUCAAGGCCUACCGUGGCAUGGGCUCCAUUGAUGCCAUGCAGGACAAGAAGGCUGGCGGCGGUGGCAAGGACAGCCAGAAGAGCAACGCCGGCACUGCCCGUUACUUCUCCGAGGGAGACAGUGUCUUGGUUGCUCAGGGUGUUUCCGGUUCCGUGGCUCACCGAGGCUCCAUCUCCAAGUUUGUUCCCUACCUCGCUGCUGGCCUCAAGCACUCCAUGCAGGACUGCGGCAUGCGCAGCCUGAAGGAGCUGCAAGAGUCGGCUGCCAAUGGCACCCUGCGAUUCGAGCUUCGCACGGCCAGCGCUCAGCUGGAGGGCAACGUGAACAUGGAGUCGUAUGAGAAGAAGCUCUACGCAUGA